AUGGGUAAUAAGCAGACCAUCUUCACGGCGCAGCAGCUUGAUGCGUAUCAGGACUGCACAUUCUUCACAAGGAAGGAAAUUCUAAGACUAUUCGACCGUUAUCGAGACUUGGCACCCCAGCUCGUUCCUCUCGACUACACAGACCAGCCAGAUGUGAGGCUACCAUACGAGCUCAUUGGCAGCAUGCCAGAACUGAAGGACAACCCGUUCCGCCAGAGGAUCGCUGAGGUUUUCUCGGAGGACGGAGAGGGAAACAUGACCCUGGAUGACUUCCUGGAUAUGUUCUCCGUGCUGAGUGAGAUGGCUCCACGAGAUCUGAAAGCCUACUAUGCAUUUAAAAUCUACGACUUCAACAAUGAUGACUUCCUGUGUAAGUCUGACCUGGAGAAGACGCUGAACAAGCUGACGCGGAAUGAGCUAACGGAGGACGAGGUCAGGAUGGUAUGUGAGAAGGUGAUCGGCGAGGCCGACCUGGACAACGAUGGACGUCUCUCACUGGAGGACUUCCAGCACAUGAUCGUCCGUGCUCCAGACUUCCUCAGCACCUUCCAUAUAAGGAUAUGA